CCUUUCUGAGCAAGAUGGCUGGGGGUGAGGUUGGUGUGACUCUCGGGCAACCGCAUCUUUCUCGUCAGGAUCUCACCACUUUGGAUGUUACCAAAUUGACCCCCUUAUCACACGAAAUCAUCAGUAGACAAGCCACAAUUAAUAUAGGUACAAUUGGUCACGUAGCUCAUGGGAAAUCUACAGUGGUAAAAGCUAUUUCUGGAGUUCACACCGUCAGGUUCAAAAAUGAACUGGAAAGAAAUAUUACAAUUAAACUUGGAUACGCUAAUGCCAAGAUUUAUAAACUUGAUGACCCAAGUUGUCCUCGCCCAGAAUGUUACCGAUCCUGUGGAAGUAGUACACCUGAUGAGUUUCCUACAGACAUUCCAGGGACCAAAGGGAACUUCAAAUUAGUCAGGCAUGUUUCCUUUGUUGACUGUCCUGGCCACGAUAUUCUGAUGGCUACUAUGCUGAACGGUGCAGCAGUGAUGGACGCAGCUCUUCUGCUGAUAGCUGGUAAUGAAUCUUGUCCUCAACCUCAGACUUCCGAACACUUGGCUGCUAUAGAAAUCAUGAAAUUGAAGCAUGUUUUGAUUCUACAAAAUAAGAUUGAUUUGGUAAAAGAAAGUCAGGCUAAAGAACAGUAUGAGCAGAUCCUUGCAUUUGUCCAAGGUACAGUGGCAGAAGGUGCUCCUAUUAUCCCAAUUUCUGCUCAGCUUAAGUACAAUAUUGAAGUUGUCUGUGAGUACAUAGUGAAAAAAAUUCCAGUACCACUAAGAGACUUUACUUCAGAACCUCGACUUAUUGUAAUUAGAUCCUUUGAUGUCAACAAGCCUGGCUGUGAGGUUGAUGACCUCAAGGGCGGGGUUGCUGGCGGUAGUAUUCUAAAAGGAGUGUUAAAGGUGGGCCAGGAGAUAGAAGUCAGACCUGGUAUUGUUUCCAAAGAUAGUGAAGGGAAACUCAUGUGUAAGCCAAUCUUUUCCAAAAUUGUGUCACUAUUUGCAGAACAUAAUGAUCUUCAGUAUGCUGCUCCAGGGGGUCUUAUUGGAGUUGGAACCAAAAUUGACCCCACUUUGUGCAGAGCUGACAGAAUGGUGGGGCAGGUACUUGGUGCCGUGGGAGCUUUACCUGAGAUCUUCACAGAAUUGGAAAUUUCCUAUUUCCUACUUAGACGACUUCUAGGUGUACGCACUGAAGGAGAUAAGAAAGCAGCAAAGGUGCAAAAGUUGUCUAAGAAUGAAGUACUCAUGGUGAACAUAGGAUCCCUGUCAACAGGAGGAAGAGUUAGUGCAGUUAAAGCUGAUUUGGGCAAAAUCGUUUUGACUAAUCCUGUGUGCACAGAAGUGGGAGAAAAAAUUGCCCUUAGCCGAAGAGUUGAGAAACACUGGCGUUUAAUUGGUUGGGGUCAGAUACGAAGAGGAGUGACAAUCAAGCCAACAGUGGAUGAUGACUGAAGAAUCCCAGUUAAAUAACGAAGUAGACUUCCAGAUGAAGUCGGAAUUUCCCUUAAUAGGCCAGGGGUUUAUUUUCAAAGCAAUCCUGGGGAAUUACUUUCAUAGCUCAUUAAGUAUAG